UCAUUCUACGUCACCAACGCUUUUGACGAAUCGCGCAGAAAGCCGGGGCGCCUCCCACUCUCCGUACAGCUCAGACCAGCUAGUAUAGACGCAUACGGUGGAGUUCGGUCCAUCUCUGCCCGCAGCUAGCUAAUCCCGCUGCAAGGCCACUGCGGGAAGAUGGCGACUGAAAAACCAAAACAUGAAGGAAGAGUUAAAAUUGGACAUUACAUUCUCGGAGACACACUCGGAGUGGGGACGUUUGGAAAGGUUAAAGUGGGCCAACAUGAGCUGACUAAACACCAAGUGGCAGUGAAGAUCUUGAACAGGCAGAAGAUCCGCAGUUUGGAUGUGGUGGGAAAGAUCCGCAGGGAGAUCCAAAACCUUAAGCUUUUCAGGCACCCUCACAUAAUUAAACUGUAUCAGGUUAUUAGCACCCCAACAGAUAUCUUCAUGGUGAUGGAGUAUGUCUCAGGGGGAGAGCUCUUUGACUACAUCUGCAAAAAUGGCAAGUUGGAUGAAAAGGAGAGCCGCCGGCUGUUCCAGCAGAUCAUUUCAGCAGUAGACUACUGCCACAGACACAUGGUAGUGCACCGAGACCUCAAGCCAGAAAAUGUGCUCCUUGACGCACACAUGAAUGCCAAGAUUGCUGACUUUGGUUUGUCAAACAUGAUGUCAGAUGGAGAGUUCCUGCGAACAAGCUGUGGUUCUCCAAACUAUGCUGCUCCUGAGGUCAUCUCAGGAAGGUUAUAUGCUGGUCCAGAGGUGGAUAUCUGGAGCAGUGGGGUCAUUCUUUAUGCGCUGUUGUGUGGGACACUUCCCUUUGAUGAUGACCAUGUGCCAACACUCUUUAAGAAGAUCUGCGAUGGGAUGUUUUUCACCCCACAGUAUCUGAACCCUUCAGUAAUAAGCCUCCUUAAGCACAUGCUGCAGGUGGACCCCAUGAAAAGAGCCACGAUCAAAGAGAUCCGAGAGGAUGAAUGGUUCAAACAGGACCUACCCAAGUACUUAUUCCCUGAGGACCCCUCCUACAGCAACAACAUGAUUGAUGAUGAAGCCCUGAAAGAGGUGUGUGAGAAGUUUGAGUGUGCAGAGGAGGAGGUCCUGACCUGCAUAUAUAGUCGCAACCAUCAGGAUCCAUUGGCCGUUGCCUACCACCUCAUCAUUGACAAUCGUCGCAUCAUGAGUGAAGCCAAGGAUUUCUACCUGGCGACCAGCCCUCCUGACACUUUUCUAGACGACCAGCACCUAACCUCAUCUGGUGCAGGUGUGUCUGGGAUUAUCAAGCCCCACCCUGAGCGUGUACCUUUCCUCGUGGCCGAGACUCCUCCCAGACCUCGCCACACAUUGGAUGAAUUGAACCCUCAGAAGUCCAAGCACCAAGGUGUUAGAAGGGCCAAGUGGCACCUGGGUAUCCGGAGUCAGAGUAGACCCAGUGAUAUCAUGUCUGAAGUGUGCCGUGCCAUGAAACAGUUGGAUUAUGAGUGGAAGGUUGUAAAUCCAUAUUAUUUACGUGUGAGAAGGAAGAAUCCUAUUACUGGGAUGCAAAUCAAGAUGAGCCUUCAACUAUACCAGGUGGACAGCAGAACCUACCUCCUUGACUUCCGUAGCAUAGACGAUGAUAUGGUGGAGACAAAAUCUGGAACUGCUACCCCUCUCCGUUCUGGGUCUGUGGGUAACUACCGCACCACUAUAAAGAAUGAUGUAGAUUUGGCAGAUGCUCCUGCUGCGUCUAGCACUGUGCACCCACCCAAGGCCGCAGACGGCUCCUUAACUUCAUCGGUGACUUCAUCCACCGACUCCACAGGAGGGGGAGACAAUACGUCUGUCCCUCGACCAGGAAGCCACACCAUUGAGUUCUUCGAGAUGUGCGCAAAUCUUAUUAAACUUCUUGCACGAUAGCUUGCAAAACAAUCUUUAGCCUUUUUUCCUCUCCGAGUGUCUUUAUAGCAAUAAGCAUGCAACCGAUUCAUGGCUCAAUUCGUCCUGGCUGAGGAUGAAGUGAUUGCUCCAUGGCACUGAUGCAGGUUGGUGUUCCCUAAGCUGAAGGGAUGUAUACUGAGCUCACGGGGGAAGUAAGGGGUUAUUUGGAAAGAUGAAUGACAAGCUAUUUCAUAGCUAGGACAGAACAAUAUACAGGAGGGGGGUUUACAAUUUCCUCAUCAAUUUUAAUAGCAAAUUUUCACAUUCCACCAUAUAAUAGAAGUGAUUACACUGAAUUUUCUGUACUGUAGCCCAUGAGCAUUGCUUUCCGGUACAGAGAACAAGAUCAAGUUUUUGCCUGCAAUGAUGGAAGCCACUGGUUAAGGAUUGGAUAUUUGGGUGGCAGCCAUAUGGGAUGCAGGAAGCACAUUUGCACAAGUUUUCUUUUUUUCCUCCUGCUGCUUGUUAUCCUCUUACUGGGGAUCAGAGAAGGGGUGCGGCUGUAUCAGGGCACAGCACUAGCUACAACUAGGGUUGUCAUGCCCAUCACAUUUCAUUGAACUCAAGAAGUGCAAUGACCCCUGUAUUUCUGCCUUGUGUCAGGGACGAAAGAAUGCUUCUUCUUUUUUUUUUUUUUUGUUAAUUGAGCUGUCCGAGACUAAAUUUUCAUGGUUUUGUUCUCAUAAAACUGAAUUUGUCUGCCCCUACAUUUUUAUGUAUGACAAGAAUAUAUUUAUCAGUGUGUUGGUUCCAAUGGAAAAGGAAUUUGUUUUCUCUUUCAUUAAGAUCUAAUGCUGGAUGGUUUAUAGUUUCCUUUUUUACUGUCUGUUUUCUAAAUCAAUAUCACACUUUUAUUUUCUUCAAUCACAAUUAUUCCGAUACUUGAUUGUCUUUCCAAAUAAAUAUAGCCUGCUUUUACCAUGUAAGAGGUAUUUUUGCCAUGACAGUAAAAAUCUAGAAUACCAUUUUCAUUGUCACAUAUUAAAAUGACAAGUUUUGACUUUUUUGUUG